AUGCGUCUCAUCAUCCGCGACGACGAGGACCAGGCCAGCGGCUUCGUGGCCAACUACAUCGUCGACCGCAUCCGCACAUUUGCCCCCACGGCCGAGCACCCCUUUGUCCUCGGUCUGCCCACUGGCAGCAGCCCUCUCAAUGUCUAUGCCCGUCUUGUUGAGGCGUACAAGCAGCACCGCGUCUCGUUUGCCCAUGUCAUCACCUUCAACAUGGACGAGUACGUCGGUCUCUCCCGUGACCACCCCGAGAGCUAUCACACCUUCAUGUGGACCAACUUCUUCAGCCACGUCGACAUUCGCCCGGAGAACGUGCACCUGCUGAACGGCAACGCUCCGGACCUCGAGGCCGAGUGCGCCAGGUACGAACAGACCAUCCGCGACUGCGGCGGCAUCGACCUGUUCUUGGCCGGCAUAGGCGAGGAUGGUCACAUUGCCUUCAACGAGCCCGGCUCCAGCCUGGUCAGCCGCACACGCGUCAAGACGCUGGCCUACGACACCAUCCGGGUCAACAGCCGCUUCUUCGGCGGUGACGUCGAUGCCGUUCCGCGGUGUGCGCUGACCGUCGGCGUGCAGACGGUGCUGGACGCCCGUGAGGUGGUGGCGAUUGUGCUGGGCCCCCGCAAGGCGCUGGCGCUGCAAAAGUGCAUCGAGGAGGGCAUCAACCAUAUGUGGACGCUCUCGAGCCUGCAGCUCCACCCGCACCCCAUGGUGGUCUGCGACGAGGACGCCACGCUUGAGCUGCGCGUCAAGACGGUCAAAUAUUUCAAGUCGAUUGAGCAGGUGGCGCGGACGCAGGGCUUUGAGCAGGCUCUGCCGACGCGCCUGCGGGUGCGGCCCGAUGCUCAGUCGGACGUCAACGGCACCAUGAACAUCAACACGUCCGUGCCCAGCGUGGCGACUGCCUCGGGCACCACCACCCCGCUUGUUAUCCCCUCGCCUAUCAAGCCGACGCCGAGCUUUAUCCUGGUGCAUGGCGCACCCGACACGCCGGAUGCCUCGCCCACGAUGUCCUCUAAGAUUGGCCUGAACGCGGCGGCGGCAGCCGCCAACGCCACGCCUGGCGGUGGCGACGUCGAUUCGGACUUGGACCUGGUGCCCGACCGGAUGGGCGACCGCAUCCCGGUGCCUAAGGGUGCAACCGCUGCUGGCAGCGGCAGCCUGGGCGUGGUCCCCGUUUACCGCCGUCGUCUGACCCCGACGCCGGAGCAGCAGCAGCAAAAGAGCUUCGGCCGUGUCAGCGCAUAA